GACGCAGCUCCCGCCAUGGCCGGCAGCGCAGCAGCAGGUCCGGAGCGCGCGCCCGCCAGCGCCACGGGCCCGCGGCGGUCGUCAGCGGAUGUCAUGGACCUGGAUGAAGUUCUGCCACAAGUGGGCGAGUUUGGACUUUAUCAGAAACUUCUCCUAUGGUUGGUGUGCCUGCCAGCAUGUAUUCCCUGUGGGUUUUCUGCUUUCAACCAGCUGUUCAUGGCACAUGUUCCUGAUCACUGGUGUCGCCCACCUGUUGCACUUCAAGAACUUUCAUCACAUACUGCCCGUGCACUAAGCUCACCACUUGAGGGUAACUCAAAUAACACAUUUGAAAAAUGUAUUCGCUAUGCUGUUAAUUGGACAGAGCUGCUUACGCAGUAUUCUCCAGAUGAAAUCAAGCCAAAUUUGAGCUGGCCGGUGGAAGAGUGUAAAGAUGGCUGGGAGUAUAAUACAACAGAGAUCUCCUCCUCUGUUGUUAUUGAUUUUAAUCUGGUGUGUCAUCAUGCAAUAUAUCCCACAAUUGCUUUAUCUGCAUUGAAUAUGGGUGCACCAAUAGGUGUGUACAUGUUUGGCAUGAUUAACGACAGAGUGGGCAGACGGAUAUCCUUCUUCUGUUGUUUGACAACAAUGCUGAUUGGAGGCUUCAUGACAGCAGCAGCUAAAGACUUCUGGACAUGGAUGACAAGCAGAAUCAUAGUGGGACUAGCAGUGCCAGCCAUUUACCAGAUACCAUUCAUAAUAUCGCUCGAGCUGGUUGGACCAAAUUACCGAUCAUUUGUAACUGUGAUGACAUGUAUGUUCUACACACUUGGACUUGUAAUGCUUGCUGGAGUGACAUAUUUAGUGAGGGAUUGGGUCCAUUUGGCUCUUGCUACAACUGUGCCAUUCCUCUUAUAUUAUGUGUACUGGUUUUUUCUUCCAGAAAGCCCUAGAUGGCUUCUUGCAAAAGGACAAUUUGAGGAAGGAUCAAAAAUUCUUCAUACACUGGCAAGAAUCAAUAAAAAAGAACUACCCUCUACAUUUACAGAGAAACUAAAGCAACGCAUGACUUUAAAACGUUCAAUUAGUGAAGAGAAACGUUUACAUGAGACUCCAGGUGUUAUGGCUCUGUGCAGGACACCAAACAUGCGACUUAAGACUACAUUAAUUACACUGAAUUGGUUUUCAAAUGAGCUAGUGUAUGUGGGACUGAGUUAUUAUGGUCCAUCUCUUGGAAGUAAUGAAUACACAAGCUUCCUCUUGUCAUCACUGGUUGAGAUACCCAGCUAUUUGGCGUGCUGGGUUGUUAUGGAUCACUGGGGCCGCAGGUGGCCAUUGUGCAUCAGCAUGAUUGUUAGUGGAGUGAGUUGCAUUGUUACAGUGCUCCUGCCCACAGAUGCUGUAAAUACUACUUUGGCACUCUACUUAAUUUCAAAAUUUGCCAUUUCUGCCUCAUUUUUAAUAAUAUAUCCAUUUGCUGGUGAGCUUUAUCCAACACAGCUAAGAGGCAUAGGGAUUGGUACAUCAGCAUACAUUGGUGGACUUGGGCUAAUCAUUAUCCCUUUCAUCACUUAUCUGGGUUCAGAAAACUUAGUGCUACCACUCGUAAUUAUGGGAGCUAUAUCAGUAAUUGGAGGACUGUCUGGACUGAGACUUCCAGAGACAUUACAUCACCGACUGCCACAGACUGUUGAAGAAGGUGAAGAAUUUGGGAAAGACUGGUCUUUCAAGGAUUGUAUUCGUUGUAUACCUGAGAGGCCAUCAUCUAUAGCAACAUCAUAUGAAGAUCUCGAACCACAUGAAACUGUGGAACUACCCGUUAUGCCACAAGAAUUAGUCCAACCUCCAAGUGAAGCAACACCACUGGAGCGAAGAGAAACUAGACGCUUCUCUAAUAGGACUCCAAGACUAGUUCGUCAGUCAAGUGUUAUGGAAACUCCAGUGGAUUCAUCAGGUGUUAUGCAAAUGACUUACUGGUUCUAGAAUGUUAUGACACGUGAACCCACCCUUAUUUGUGUUCAGAUUGACAAUUCCGUUUUGCAUAACAUUGUAAAACUGUUGGGAAAUUUGUUGUAUAGGUUGACAUUUCUUCUCUGAAAAAGAAACUGCUGUCCUGGAUUUUUAUAUAUGAAAAUAAUUUUUUAUAUUUCUUUGACAUGUAUUUCUCCCACAAACAUUGCUGUUUGGUAAAUAAUGCUGACACAAAAUAACUCAGCAAAUAUUCAAAAUGUUUCCGUCUUUUUAUGUAUUCUGAAAACAAAAAUGAUUAUAUAUUGCUGCUACAUUAGUUCAUUUGCGUGAGAAUUGUUGCUGUGUGAAAAACAAUUCAUAAAUUCAGGUUUUUAUUUAGAAUUGUGAAUACUGUACUAAUAAUACAAAGAACAUGGAAAUAUUAUAUAAAGGCAGACAUAAUGCCAAUGGAGGGGUGUAGCAACUGUUGGAAAAUUGCAGCAACUUUUGGAAAAUUAUAGCUAGUUAUUUACAUCAAUCACAGUUGCUGUUUAAUGAAGGUCAUUACUGAUGGCUGAAGUAUGUUAUCAACUACAAUAUGGAAAAACAUGGCUGACUGUAAAUGACAAGCUUUCUAGCAGCAUCACAAAAUUCCAUCUUGUUAUGAAGAAAAUCACAAUCCAUUUACUAGGUUAGUAGGUGGGAAGAGACUUGCUGGUUUUCAUAGAUAGCAUGAUUUUCCAAUAGAAUAAGGAGCAGUCUUUUUUAUUAUUAUAUUUUAGAUGCAAUUGGCAAUCAUUUUGUAUACAAAAAAAUUACAGUAAGCAGUGUAUAUUUUGAAAGAAUACUUGUUCAAAUGAAAUAGGUAAAUGUUUGAAUGUAUACAUGUGGAAGUAUACAAUUUGUGUUACAGGCUACAGUAAGAAUGUUCUCGGCUAUAAACAAGUGAAUGAAAUAGUGAUGGAUAACUUCAGUCAAACAUAGUAUAUGUUUUUGCUUCUUGCAGCUUUAUACAUUGACAUCAGAUGUGAAAAAAAUUAGUGUAUAUUCCAUAAGCAUACUUCUUCUCCUUCGCAAUUAUCAGGACAGACAUGUGUAACUUUAAAAAAAUGUAACAUAUGUAUUGAAAUAAUACAGAAAGAACAGCGAUGCCAGCAACAUGAAGAUUUCUAGAGGUAAAAUACUGCUUAAAACAUGGAAAAAGCAAUGAAGUUUAAAGGUAUCAUUCUGGUAAUAACAUUGCACUUCCUUUCAUAUUUGUGGCAAAUAUAUUUGUGUGUGUCAUACUGUGAGCAGCUGUUGGAACACAAUCCACAUUAUUAUAUAAUUAAUUAUCUAUGUUGAUUGAAAAGAAUUAAUUUAUGAUUUUAUGUGCACAUUUUUAAAGAUGUAGUCUUCUACGCUCAGAAGGAUAUAUCUAUGUUAGUGUUGAUACUGACAUUGUUAAUGUUUAUGCACCAACAUGGGCUGCCUUUUUUGAUUUUCAGACAAGUAACACACAAUAGGCAUUACACAUUUUUGUUUUAUGUGUAUUUUUAUUAUUAGAUUACAAAUAAUGAUAUUUUAAACCUGGCAACUAUAUAGCAUAAUGGUCAAAAUUUUUCAUUAACAGUGAUUAGUAAUAGAACAAAAUAACACUUCCUUCACAUCUCAUUACUCAAUUUAAAUGCUGAAUUUAUCAAAUUUUACAUCUUAUAUAUCAUCCAGUGUGCUCACUUCAUGAACUCUGAACCACAGAUGAUACAACUUGCUGGCCUGUUAUAUGUGUGCACCCAAAGAUACACACACCACAAAGUCAUUGCAUUGAUACCAUUAGAUUUUAAAUAUGGAUUUGUAGUACUCGCUUUCUGCUUCAAGGAAUGCUUAAAAUUGUUUCCUCCCUGCUGUAAGAUAUGUGUCACAGCCAUUGUUCAGUGUAAUGACCCUUUCUUCAACUUAUUAUAAGCAAUUAAAUUAAUUCUGUGUCUUAGUACAGCCUUCAGUAGAAUGAGGAUUAGUUUGGUAUAGUUUUGUAAACCUUACCAUUUAGAUUUACCCAAAUGCAUAAGUCACAAUAACUAAGAUCAAAGGACUUGAGGGCCAUAAAUAUGAUAUGCCUAUCUAAUCAUAAAAACAAAUCUAUUAGCGAUCAGGAAAGGUACAGUAGCAUAAACUGCAAUAUUGUCAUCAUGAAAAUAUUUUUUCUCAUCUGUUUGUUAAAUAAUGGAAUGAAUAUUGUUGUCACAUGAAAGUCAGAAGUUACAUGUCUAUUAAUAAAGAUAUGGCCAGCUAUUUGGCAUGUUCGUACUGCAGUCAACCAUUUCAUUUUAAAACUUUGCUGAAUAUCCAGGAACUCAUCACUACAGUACCACACAUCUUUUGGGGAUAACAUCGUCUGGAAUUUUGAAAUCACAUCUCAUCAGUCAUAAAUGUUGUUCGUAUAGUCACAUAACCAUUAUACAUAUUUUCAGGUAACCAAUUACAAAAAACAGUUCACCUUGUAAAAUGUGCCUCCUUAAUUUACACCACAAAAACUAUUUUAUUGUGUGUCUAAAACAUGUGAAUUACACUGCUUCCGUGGCUAAUCCUACAGAUGUGGUGGUUUAUUGUGACAGAUGAUGGAGAGAUUUUUUCAGACUAACAUCUGAUCAUAAGCUAAUAUCCCUUCUUCACUCAAAACAUGCCUUUUUCAUUCUCUCCACUCAUCACAAAGUGAGGCCAUUAGGGUACACUAUUUCUUUAAUUUUCAAAUACAAACCUCUGUAGGAACUAUUGGAUCAGGAAAAUGAAAGAAGAAGUCCUCAAACACUUUUUGUUUCACAUAAUGCUCCUCCACCAAAUGAAUUUGCUCUUUCACAGACUUCAUUUUCCAACAGCAGCUUACUGCACUAAAAAUAAGAAAACAGCAAGCUUAAAAGUCUACAACCAACAGAGUUCCGCAUCAUAAUAUGUGACCAUCAGGAGAAACACUUGGCAGAAGGGCUCGUUCUGUCUGAAGAACACUCUCACAUGAUUUGUCACUUCCUAAUACCUUUCAAAAUACCAGGUAUUAGGCACAGUAGAUGCCAGGCAGUGACUGUUUCAUUUCCUUGCGAUCAGAUGCUAUGUUGCCCAUCUAUUGCUGUGGUACGACAUGACUACAUUUAAAAUGUAAGCAAAUAAAUUUUGUUCUCACCCAUGUCAUGCAAGGAGAUGCUGGGAUUGCCUACCAUUAUUUUCCAUGAAUUUCUGACAUCUACUCAGGAAUGAUUAAUCACAUGAUGUAAUUCUCUCUAAUAUAUUGAAUUAAUUGAUUCACAGAUAUUAUCCUUGCAUUCCUGCAUUGUGUGAAGAUUUGUUGUGUACACAUUGUCCUUCAGUGCACACAUAGAGUUAAAUCAAGACUUCUAUGAAGCCAGAUAUUGUUACAUUAAAAAAUGGUCGCAAAAUCUUUUGCAAUUAUCUUUCACUUGUAACUGUGUCAUUAAAAGAAAUUGAACCUAAUAUUCUGUCACCACUAACUGUGUACCAUACCCCUAUUUUCUGAUCAUGAAGGGGUUCCUCAUGAAGCAGAACAGGACUAUCUGCACUCCAAUGUUGACAGUUUUGGGAAUUAACACACCCAAGUAAAUGGAACCAAGUGUUGUCUAAAAACAGAAUGAGGUAAGGAUCCAUUUCAUCACUGUGCACUUGUUUUAAAACCUAUUUGCAAAACCUAACCCUGUGUGUCCAGGUCACCAUGUCUAAGUUCUUGUACUACUGAUACUUUGUAAGAGACUUUAUAGGGGAAUUUUCCAGGCAGUAUGCAGUGCCAUUGAAACAUGCUUCUGUGAGCACUGUACGUUGUCAUUUAUGCUUCUUGUCUUGAACACUUCCCGUUUCAUGAAAUUUAUUUUUCAUGAAAUUUAUUCUCUAAUUUGUGAAUUGCAUCACGACUCAGAACUCGAACACCUAGAAACUUCUGUUCAAAGAGUACGAGCGGCAUUGUAUGCACAUAUGAAUCCUAACUAAACACUCGUUGUGGAAUUCAGUAAUUCACUUUUGCCAUUGUUGCAUUCUGAAUAGUAGCAAGAAUAGGGGACGGGGAUAAAAUCUCAUAUAUAAUGGAAACUGAUUAAUAAUUGCUGCUUGAAUAAUUAAAAAAACUGGAAGGGAUAACUGAAAGAAAUUGGAAGGUACACAUAGCCUGAGUGAACUUUAACUGGCAAUAAUAUCAACAGUCCUGUAAAGUCUAUGCAUUUUUUGAUUAUUUUUCGUCAUUUAAAUGUACAUACAUCUUUCUUCUGUUACCACUAUUGUGUUUAGAGCUUGUAUGACAAUACUGAUUCUGGAUCACCCCUCCUCUGCUCACACAAAUUCUUCUUGUCUGCUUCGAUCCUCUUGAUACAGGAUUCUUGGCUUGGGCGAAAUGAUGAACAGAUAUGGUUAUUAAUAAACUUCAUCUCACUAAUAACUUUUACAACACUUCUUUAAUCUAUGGUUAGAAUAGACAUUUUUGAACAAUAUUAAUGCAGCGGAACUCUUCAUACAUUCACCCACUAACACUUAUAGAGACAAACAGGUGAAGAUACAGAAAUUAAUCAAUUCAAGAGCAUAUGUCUACUCUUUGAAAAUAUUAUAUUUGUCACAAAAUAUCUUAUGUGUAUAAGAAAAGAACAAGAGAAAUAAUAAUAAUAAUAAUAAUAAUAAUAAUAAUAAUAAUAAUAAUGAGAAGAAGAAGAAAACAAGAGAAAAAAUUGAAAAAUACAUCCAACUGUCAGAGGAAGUCAAGGACAUGUGGCAUCAGGAUAAAGUUGACAUUAUACCAAUUACACUAUCAACUACAGGAGUCAUACCACACAAUAUCCACCAGUACAUCAAUGCAAUACAGCUACAUCCAAACGUAUAUAUACAACUGCAGAAAUCUGUAAUAAUUGAUACAUGUUCAAUUACCCGAAAAUUCCUAAAUGUAAUGUAACAUAUACUGCACAGUUAAAAGGAAGUCACGACUUGAUCAAGGUCCGUGUCACUUUCCAUUUUUAACCAGACUUAACGUCUGAGAAAUAAAAGAAAUAAUAAUAAUAACAAUAUGAUUCAUUACAGUUCGCAGACUUCACUGUUACACUCAUGAUGCCUAUUUCACAGCUUGAAUGACACUGGCUGACAAGGAGCACAUUUCUUAUGUCCUUCAGGCUAAAACCCACAAAAAAGGGGGUCAUAGUGUGGUCCUGUGUGACACAUUUGACAGCAGGUGCUGCUUACAUAGCCGGCCUGCAAUACUGUGAGCAGGUGGUCAUCAGAUUAAUGGAACACCCUGUAUUGUGAAAUCAUUUCUCAAAUUCAUUAUCUUUUCUUUCUCUAAACCUUGGUUGCCUUCUACAUAUUCAAAACAAGAAUUCUAUGCCUAUAAUACUUAAAUCUCUAAGAAAAUUCUAGUAAUGCACAAUGGCCUUGCUUAGCCUAUCAGAAGAGACCUGUGACCAACUUACUAGACACACAGCAGUGCGACACAGAAACCCUAGUUGAUAAAUGUUCUUGUGAAAAAAAGUUGUAUCGGACUAUGCUUACAUUGUGGAAGCCACCACGAGGGUCUCCAGAAAAGUGAAGUUGCCACAUCAUCAUGGCACACCAGGGCUGCAGUAUCACUGACACAGUGGAAGGUGCAGUAUCACUGACAUAGUGGAAGGACCAAAGCAGUGAUGUCAUGAUUGCUCAACAACUAUACCUCACAUCCCAGCUCUGCUGAAGGGAAAGUGCUGCCAUUUCAGAUAUAGUGGCAGACUAAGCUCACAUAAAUACUGCUAAUUUUAGACAAACAUCAUCAAUCACUGCCUUCCACCAGCUAUGAGAGGAAGUUUACACCAAUCAGUGCCCCAAAACAGCUUAUCAAGCUGCUGCUGCUAGACAGUCUUGACGAGCUGAAAGGCUGCUAUCUACAGCUAAGCCAAGCCCUAAUGUUGCUGACUUGAUGCCUUCCAGCUGGUGGCCCACCUGCUGGCUAUCUUCCAUUCAUUGCAGGCCACCUACCUUUGGGGUCCACAGUUUGUACCUGGGCCUCUUAGCCACCCAGCCACCAUCACCUGUGCAGACAAACUUUGCUGCUGUCCACUGUCCUGUGCAGGCAAACUUUGCUGCUGUUCGUUACCCAUUCUGGGCAAACUCUGUUGCCUGUUCACAGCCCUGUGUCGACACACUCCAUGGCUGCCACCACUACCAUUUGCACUGGGUCCAUGGUUUGACUCUAUGCACCUUGACUCAUCCUGUACUGAGUUGCGCAUCUGCACAGACAAUGACACUGACUUCGCAAAGACUGUAUGAGUGACACAGUGGAAGGUGAUGCAGCAAUAUACUGUGAGAGUGCUGACCACAUAACCUCGCCAACUGCUGGCAGAGUUGACACUGCACAUGGGCUGUGAUGGAGGCUACUUGCUGAUCUAUGCAAGUUUCACAGACUGAAAGGAGCCUGCACCUUGGGGUUGCUGACCACUGCUUAGCACCGUCUCAACUGAAGUAUUCUGGCAUGAGAUAAAUGAAUAACUGACUUUGCCACUGUUGUGACUGGACGUUGGACAUCCUACUGGUACCUAUCCAUCACACUGCUAAAACCACACCCAGAAUGGAGAGCUGACAGCCUUCCUGACCGCUAACAGCCCAGGUCCACCACCCACUGUAGAGGUCAUUCACCUCUGACCUCUACAAUGUGAAAUUCUUUUAGGGCUCUGUCUUAUAUGUCUAAUAUACCUCACAUAAUUUGUUAACACUUUCUAUGUUCCUUCCAACCAUCUCAUUAGAGGACAUGCAGAUGGUUUCCUCAGCUCUCUUUUUUACAUUGAGUGGAGAAAACAUUGAUUGGUUUUUCUUUAACCUCUUCGCUUUAUCUUCAUGGUUCAUACUGGCACAAAAAAGUUAUUUCAUUCAUUUUAAAGGAACUGUAAGUCUUGUAAAGCAAUAAUACCAUUGUUUGUGACUCUUGUAAUGUACUUGAAACUAAUACUUGGGAUAGAGAAAAGCAUUGCCAUGGAUAUCAUGAUUUUAUCAUUUGUGGACAUAAAAAUUGUUCAAUAUAAAUUCAUCAGAGAUUUAUCUACUUUUGUGACUGAUGACCAUAAUACUGAAACCAUUCUUUGACAUCUGUUAUAUAUAUAUAAAGCAGAGUGUAUGUGUGUACAUCAGGGAUCUCCUCCCAAACACAUGGGUCAAUUUCAAUCAAAUUGGACAUAAAAACAGCAGGUCUCAUGAGUAUCAGCACUGUGUGGUUUAUAACCACCUAACUCCUAUAGGAGUGACAAUAUGGGCAAAAGCAUUUAUUUCUUUUUUUCCCAGCCCUAGCAUAUAGACUGUCGUGCACAACAGACAUAGUUUGGGAACAGUAUCAGCUGCCAAAUCAUUUCCUCUUUGCAGGACAGCAUACAUGUCAGGAGCCAUAAAUGGUCUUCUGGGCCUCUGUAUGUCUGCGUCAAAUAAAUGAUUUUAAAGCUCCUGUUGUAGCCUGCCCUGCAUGACAGGCGUGUUAUGAGAGUAGUAUUGACCUGCAUUAUUAAACAGAGUUGCAUGGGGCUACACAUACCAAUGAGGAUGCCUGGGAAAGUUUGAGAUGAAUAGAGGAGGGUAUGGAAAAAGCAAGAGGGAGGGGAGGAGGGAUGAUGCAUGAUGUAGGUGGAAAGUGUAGAAGGGUAGUGAGCAGGUCAAAAAGGAAGGAGGGAGGGGCAGGUGGAGGUGGAAGAAAAGAGGGGAACGAGGAUAUUGUCAGAGGAAGGCAGGAGGAAGAUAUGGUGAAAGGGGGAGGAGGAGACGUGUCCAGUAUAUGUGUCAAAUGCUUACACAGGUGAGUCUGCAGGGAAAAGGCUAGGUUUUUUUGUACAGAACAGACAUUUCAUGAAGUAAUAUACACUAUCAUAAGCAUAGUAUGUUCCAACUAACCAAAUGAGGCCAAACUUGAGUGACUGAUUGAAAAAAGAAGAAAAGCUACUAUGCUUAUCUGCUACCAGUAAAAGAAAGAUACUGAUUAAUCCACAAUAUGGACAAAGACUUUAAGUUCCUCAUAAUCACAAAAAGCAGGCUAGCAUGAAUGGGAGUGGGGAAUAACCCAAGGAAACUGGAAAGAAAUUUAUCAAGGAGAGGAGGGAAACACACUAAGAACAUGGAGAAGUUGCAAGGAAACACAAAGAGCUCUCACAAUGCAUAAUAUGAAGAAACAAUCCAUGGAUGUUAAGAAGUAUCAUAAAAAUGAAAUGUGAAGGAGUAGAGGAAAGUAAAUAAAGGCUCUCUUUCCAGCAAAUAACAUAAGAAAUGCUGAGAAUGAAAAUUAAAGUGUGGGUACAACUGGUGCAACAAAUGAAGCAGAUGAAGUGCUAUUCAUUUAAUAAAUAAAUAAAGAAUAUAUCCAAUUUUGAGGUAAGCAAAUUGCCAGAGAAAAAGCACUGAUAUUUCUUGUUUGAAAAAAAAGUCAGUUUAUGGACAAUGGAGAAAAUAGGGGUAAACAAAGAGGAUAAAAGUGACAAUUGAAGACAAUGAGAAGGAAACAGAUACAUCAUCUGAUCAAUUUUGCUCAAGCCUGAAAAAGUGACUAUACCUGUGCUGUUUAAAAUUAUGUAUUACUCAGUAUAAACAAAAUUGUGACUGGUUUGUAUCUCCUCUGUGUUCCUGGUUUCAUUAAAAUUAAUUUGCACAUAAGCUGCCUCUUCCUGUUAUCAGUUUCACCAUGCUUAAUUAUUGUUAAGAUGUGGUACUUAUGAAUUGAUCUGUUUGUAUGCUCUUGUAUCACUUUAAGUGGUACACUCUACAGACAAUUAUUUCUAAGAUAAAUUGAUGUAUAUGUCUAUAAUAAAUUGCUAAAAGUUAAUGGAAAUUUUAUAAAUUUCUUGUUGAGGACUCAAUUUAUGAACUUAAAACAACAAAAAAGGGACUAUUUACUUUUUGACAUCAGGUCAAUUAUAAAAUGUGAUUUCAUGUUGCUCACUAAAACAUAUCUUCAUUUUUAAUAAGUUAUGUUGUUCUAUUUCAAGAUGUAGUAGAGAGAAACCAUUUUAUCAGCAUUUUCUAUCAGUCAUUUCUCUAAAUCACAGUACAUGAAACUACAGUAAUAAAUUUUACUAAGUUUUAUAUUUGGUCAUUUCUGUAGAAAUGCAUUUAUGUAGUUUAUUGCUUAAGGAUAUAAUUAUGUAUGAGUUUGAUCAUCAAGAGAAAACCAGCACCUUGUAAAUUUAUUAAUAUUAAAAUAAAUGAAUUAUUUAUGAACCCCAUUGUCAAAUAGUGAACAAGCAAACCUAUUAAGAUUAGGCCUUUCCACAAGAAUCUUUUAGGAAAAAGUUGAAAGUACUCAUAAUGGCUUUCUUGUGAAAUGUAAAAUGUCCAAGUAGCCUGUGCUCUGAAAUUCUUUCCUUUGAUAUUUAUUUGCAGUUUUUAGUGUGAGUUGCAACAGCUACAAUAUCACCUGUAUUACAUUUUUUGUAAAGUGGAAUAAUUGCUUGAAACAUGUCCAUUUUCUCAACCCACCACUUAUAAUAUAUCAUUAUGUUACUGAGGUCAAUAAAAUCAACACCCAUGCAGAAUUAAUGACUAAUUGUGACUGUUUUUAAAAUCAGAUGUCUUUCAGGUAACAAUACUGCUAACAGAAAUAUGCUAGAAAUUUUCUGUGUUUUUCAGGUUGAUAUACUGCAUAACACACUUCAAAUAGGACACUUAAGAGGGGGGAGGAGGGGUCUACAAUGCUCCAAAAUAAUGUAUCAUAAGAUACUACUUGCUUGACAAUAAUUGAUAUAAUUUGUGUAAGAGCAGUAUCUCUCACUCAACAAAUCAUGGCUGCAUUAAGUUACCUUACAACUUUCCUUCUUCUUAAACCUGGUGUUGCCUAAGGCUAUCCAUUCCUUUUACAAAAGUCUCAACAAUUUUCAUCCUUCCUCAUUUCUACUUCUCCAUCCUUCCACUCUUAAUAUUUCUUCAUAUCCUUCUCUUUCCUGGUCAAAGUGUGCAUGUAAGUCUCCCAUUAUCAUGGUCUUUUGUCAGGAUAGUUGUCUCAGCAUUUCGUCUUCAAGGUUCUACCCAUUAGCAGAACAUACACCUCUGAUAUUCAUCAUCAUGUCACCUAUUCCCUUCAUCUGCUCUUUCAACCCUCCUCUCACAACUACUGCCUCUCCAUGUCUUCCCUCUUCCUCAAUGAGCCUGACAUCCUGUAUGAAAAAAUGACCAAAUCCCACUUGUCUGUGAACCACUGGAUGCUCUUCACUUACAUGAUUGUAAGGUAUUCUAAAUAAUUUUAUGUGCAGAGUCAGUAUUUUUAUGCUAUUUGAUUCAAUCUAUUGGUAAAUAGCAUUAGACAGCUUGACUAAAAUUAUAUUUCCAUUUAUAAUAAGAACGGCACAGUUUGAUGUUUUGACCUAGGGAAGCUUACUGUGCACCUUUUUUACUUCUUUUCUUUCAUCAUUUUUUUAUUCCUCCUUUUUGUCAACAAUAACUGGAGAGAGUAAUAUUUUGUUAUGUCUGUGAUAAUUAGAAAUUAAGUUUGUCAGUACUUACUUGUGAAGUUGCUUCCUGUUGUCUGCACAAUGUAAUUGAUAGAAAGUUUGAUGAAAGAAUCUUACUGAAUUUUGUGAUCACUGAAAACCAGCAAGUUGAGUAGAAUGUAUUUACUAAAUAAUUUGUUAAUAUUAUUAUGUUUUACACCAAUAAGGAAAUAAAAUAUUCCAAGCUGA